GACAGAAUGAAGUAACUGAAAUAAAUUUUACGGAUUCUGACAUUGAGAAUCUAUAUUCUUUAUCCAAUGGAGAAGAUUCGGAUUUAGAACAAUUUUCUUCAGACUCUGAACAACCUUCCAAAAUGUCAAUUUUAAUGAAGAAGGAGGUAGAAGAUGUUUAUUAUAAAAUGAACAAUCAAUCUAAGUGGCAUUUAUCUAGUGGAAAGUAUCCUGAUGAUAAAAUAUAUGAAACAAUUUUUACUAACGAAGAACUUGAUGAAAUUCGUUUAUGCCAUAGUAAAGAAUUUCCUGAAUUGUCUGAUAAUCUUUUGGAAUUUCUUCUAAAAUAUGAUAAA